CACACACACAUCUCAGAAGUGAUCACACACCAGUCCAAUAUUUUCCCGGCUCAUUGUUCACAAAUCCGUUCUUCUGCUUUCACAAGUUUCACCCCGUAACCAUGACAACAGUGUUACCAUGGAGCUGUGCUCUGUAUCUGAUUGUACCAGUAAACUGUAGCAGAACUGUAGACCUCACUGUCUCUGCCUCACAUGCCCCGCCCCUCACCACCCUCACAGGUACAGAAGGAGGUGAUUUACAGUCACAGGUGUCCCUCAGAAACCCCCCAACACAUCGCACACACAACACAACACAACACAACAGAAAGGAAGGAAAAGGACAGAGAAAGAGUGAGGUGUGUGAACAGAUUACUGAUCUGAAUCUGAAACACUCUCUACUCGGGACCGACCUGAAGGUUCGACUGAUUCUCUACACGCGUGAAAACACCACCUGUGGGAGGCUGCUGUCCCAUGAAAACCCGUUUGAAACACCCACUUUUAACUCCACCCGCCCCUGCACCUUCAUCAUCCAUGGAUACCGGCCCACCGGCUCCCCCCCCGUCUGGAUGUUCACAAUGGUAGAGUCCAUUCUGAACCGCAGCGACAUCAAUGUUAUCGUCGUGGACUGGAACCGAGGAGCAGCUAACGUCAACUACUUCAAAGUGGUGAAGAACACUCAGACUGUGGCUGACAUCAUCACAUGCUUCAUACAGAAUGCAGGCCUGAAUCUCAGUUCCAUCCAUAUGAUUGGUGUAAGUUUGGGAGCUCACAUCUCUGGCUUCACUGGGGCAAAAUAUAAUGGUUCCAUUGGCAGGAUUACAGCUCUGGAUCCGGCAGGUCCAUUGUUCCGAGGAAAAUCUACUGAGGAGCGUUUGGAUCCAUCUGACGCUCAGUUUGUUGACGCCCUGCACACAGACAUGGACGCAUUUGGAUAUCGGGAUUCUCUCGGACAUAUCGAUUAUUAUGCAAAUGGAGGAUCUGACCAGCCUGGCUGUCCCAAGAGCAUCUUCUCAGGUUCAAAGUAUUUUAAAUGUGAUCAUCAGCGGUCAGUGUUUCUGUAUUUGGACUCCAUGAAUCAGUCUCGUCAGAUCAACGCAUAUCCGUGUUCUGAUUACUCGGACUUCCUGGAUGGGAAAUGUUUGAACUGCGAGCGCUUCAACUCCUCCGGCUGUCCAGUGUUUGGUUACGAUGUGAUCAGAUGGAGAGAUGUUCUGCUGAAGCUCGGACAGACGAUGACGUUUUUCACCACAAACAAAGAAGCUCCGUUCUACAAAAGUGGAUACAAGGUGGAGAUCAUGAGCUGGAACUCUGAGGUGCGAUGGGGCUACAUCACCAUCACGCUAAAGAACAGAGCUCAGGAGACAGAGACUCGGAUUGACCAUAAGUCGUAUGAAUUCCAGCAGUUCAAUGAGACCACGUUGCUGGCACAGUUCGAGCGAGACGUUUAUCCUGUGGAGAAAAUCACACUGAAGUACGUUACGGCUAACAAGCUCACAUCUCGCUAUAAACUCCGUGUCCUCCGUUUCCGCCUUACUCCUCUGAAGAGUGGCCUGAGACCCCUGUGCCGCUACGAUCUUCUGCUGUUGGAAAACACUGACGUCACUUUCAGACCCAUUUCUUGUCACAACAACAACAACUUCUGAUCCAGGAACAGAUGCAGAACUCGGACCAGCACUCAGUCUGAGUGAAUGACCGAUCAUCACUCUCUCACUCUCUCACUCUCUCACUCCCUCACUCUUUCACUGAAACGCUAAACUCAAGGAACUUUUCACCACUGCCCUUAUAUUCACAAAGCAGAAACCAGAGCAGGAACGUGACCAGAACAGGACAGAGAAGGUACAAGAUCAGAACCAAAACCAAACCAGGAUCAGAACAGGAACAGGAUGAGCCAGAACCAUGAACAAGAACAAGAACAGGAACCAGGUUAGGAACAGGAUAAUAUAGAACUGGAACAUGUCUAGAACAAGAACAGCACAAGAACCAGAAGCAGAAAUGAAAUCGAGUCCAGAUCAGAAGGGCACCAGGAGAAACAGAACCUGAAACAUUUCUUAUUUCAUUUGAUCCGAUUUUGGUUCCUGUUCUGUGUUUGUCUGCUCUAACGUAGUGCUAUUCUCCAACCUUUCAAACCUAGCUGUUAGCUCGGAUAGCUCUGUUAGGUCAGAUAGCUCUCUUAGCUCCUACAGCUCUGUUAGCUUGGAUAGCUCUGUUAGCUCUGACAGCUCUGUUAGCUUGGAUAGCUCUGUUAGCUCUGUUAGCUCUGUUAGCUUGGAUAGCUCUGAUAGCUCUGUUAACUCUAUUAGCUCUGUUAGCUCUGUUAGCUCUGAUAGCUCUGUUAGCUCUGUUAACUCUAUUAGCUCUGUUAGCACUAAUAGCUUUGUUAGCUCUGAUAGCUCUGUUAGCUCUGAUAGCUAUGUUAGCUCUGAUAGCUCUGUUAACUCUAUUAGCUCUAUUAGCUCUGAUAGCUUUUUUUUUUUUUAGCUCUGUUAACUCUAUUAGCUCUGUUAGCUCUGUUAGCUCUGUUAACUCUAUUAGCUCUGUUAGCUCUGAUAGCUUGGUUAGCUCUGAUAGCUCUGCUAACUCUAUUAGCUCUGUUAACUCUAUUAGCUCUGAUAGCUUUUUUUUAGCUCUGUUAACUCUAUUAGCUCUGUUAGCUCUGAUAGCUUUGUUAGCUCUGUUGACUCUAUUAGCUCUGUUAGCUCUGAUAGCUUUGUUAGCUCUGUUAGCUCUGAUAGCUCCGCCCCUCCCUUGUUGCGGUAUUAACAGUGGCUCCACCUCACUGACUCACACUGAGUGAACACACUAGUGCACUAACAGCACACAGUUUGAGACACGGCCGUUUGUGUGUCACUUACUCUCUGAGAAUGGAAAUAAAUCAGCAAACGAUUCAUAAAUAUGAAAAAAUAUCAAAAUAUAAUAAAUCUCUUUAUACAGAGUCGUGGUGAAAACCGGUGGAACUGAACUGUAUAAUGAUUGAAACAUGAUAGUGUUGUCCAUGUGGUGUAGGAUUCAGAAUGAAAUAUUAUUCUUUACAAAUAUAUAAAUAUAAAGUGGUUUUGAUUUAAUCAUAAAGAACCUAUUUUUAGUAACUUGUAUUUAUUUUUAUUUAUUACGUAUGUACAGGAAUUUAUGAUUC